ACAUUGAGCAAAUCAAAAAUAUUACCAUCCUUAAUGUGAAGUCAUUAUUGAUCUUGGAAACUAUUGAUUUAAUGGUUUCAAUUAUUUUUCAUGGUGAUAUUGAAAAUGUUAAAAUUGAAGAUAUUUCAGAAAAGUAA